AUGUCAGACACGAGCAAAAGAAUUAAGGAGCGGGGAAGCGUGACCUUCACCCAGCAGCAGCAGGACGACGGGGAGGAAGAGGAGGAAGGCACCUCGGACGAAGAGCCCCCAUUACCGCCGCCCUCACAGCAACCCCGAGCACGUCGAGGGUGGAGGGGGGUCAAUGGCGGGCUGGAGCCUCCCCAGCACCAGGCGGUGAAAACCCAGGGAGAAACCUACGGCUGCCACUCGCCCUUGCCAGUGGUGGGCAAUGUGUUCAUUGAUGGAAGCCCUUCUUUGAAACGAACAACUAUGAUGAGAGAAAAGGGAAGACGGCAAGCUAUCAGAGGCCCAGCCUUUAUGUUUAACGACAGGGGCACAAGCCUCACAGCUGAGGAAGAGCGUUUUUUGGAUGCUGCAGAAUAUGGGAACAUUCCUGUGGUGCGCAAAAUGUUGGAAGAGUCAAAAACAUUAAAUGUGAAUUGCGUUGACUACAUGGGCCAAAAUGCCUUGCAGCUUGCUGUAGAACAUCUUGAAGUGACAGAACUUUUGUUAAAAAAGGAGAAUCUGGCACGAAUUGGAGAUGCUCUGUUACUUGCAAUAAGCAAAGGAUAUAUCCGGAUUGUGGAAGCAAUCUUGAAUCAUCCUGGGUUUGCAGCUAGUAAGCGGCUGACUCUGAGCCCCUGUGAGCAGGAACUCCAAGACGAUGACUUUUAUUCUUAUGAUGAAGAUGGCACCCGCUUCUCCCCAGACAUCACACUCAUUUUAGCUGCUCAUUGUCAGAAGUAUGAAGUGGUACACAUGCUGUUAAUGAAAGGGGCAAGGAUAGAGAGGCCCCGAUAUUUCUGUAAGUGCAAUGAUUGCACUGAGAAACAGAAGAUUGAUUCUUUUAGUCAUUCUAGAUCAAGAAUAAAUGCCUACAAAGGGUUGGCCAGUCCAGCCUAUCUGUCCUUGUCUAGUGAAGAUCCAGUCCUCACUGCUCUAGAACUUAGCAAUGAGCUUGCCAAACUGGCUAAUAUUGAAAAAGAAUUCAAAAAUGAUUACCGUAAGUUGUCUAUGCAAUGCAAGGUUGUUGUGGGUGUCCUUGAUCUCUGUCGGGAUUCUGAAGAGGUGGAAGCCAUUCUGAAUGGAGAUUUGGAAGCAGAGCCAGUUGAAAUUCAGAGGCACAGAGCUUCACUGAGUCGUGUCAAACUGGCAAUUAAAUACGAAGUCAAAAAGUUUGUAGCCCACCCUAACUGUCAGCAACAGCUGUUGACCAUCUGGUAUGAAAACCUUUCAGGAUUACGGGAACAGAUCAUAGCUAUCAAGUGUCUAGUUGUGCUGAUUGUUGCACUGGGCCUUCCAUUUCUUGCUACAGGAUACUGGAUUGCACCAUGCAGCAGGCUUGGGAAAAUUCUCCGGAGUCCAUUUAUGAAAUUUGUGGCACAUGCGGCCUCCUUCAUUAUUUUCUUGGGACUACUAGUAUUUAAUGCUUCAGAUAGAUUUGAAGGCAUCUCAGUAUUACCAAAUGAAACGGUUAUUGAUUACCCAAAACAGAUCUUUCGAGUUAAGACAACUCAGUUCACUUGGACAGAGAUGCUGAUAAUGAUAUGGGUGCUUGGUAUGAUGUGGUCUGAGUGUAAAGAGCUCUGGCUAGAAGGACCCCGGGAAUAUAUUCUGCAGCUUUGGAAUGUUCUUGAUUUUGGAAUGUUAUCUAUUUUUAUUGCUGCAUUCACGGCUAGACUGUUGGCCUUUUUACAAGCUACAAAAGCACAAAACUAUGUGGACAAAUAUAUCCAGGAGACAGAUCUCUCUGUAGUCACCCUUCCACCAGAUAUAGAGUAUUUUACUUAUGCUAGAGAUAAAUGGCUUCCAUCUGAUCCACAAAUCAUAUCAGAAGGUCUUUAUGCAAUUGCUGUUGUGCUUAGUUUCUCUCGGAUUGCUUAUAUUUUACGCAAUGAGAGUUUUGGACCACUGCAGAUUUCACUUGGAAGAACUGUUAAAGACAUUUUCAAGUUUAUGGUUCUAUUUAUUAUGGUAUUUCUUGCUUUUAUGAUUGGGAUGUUCAUACUGUACUCUUACUAUCUUGGAGCCAAAGUAAAUGCAGCAUUUACUACUGUUGAAGAAAGCUUUAAGACUUUAUUUUGGUCAAUAUUUGGCUUAUCAGAAGUUACAUCAGUUGUCCUCAAAUAUGAUCAUAAGUUCAUCGAAAAUAUUGGUUAUGUGUUAUAUGGAAUAUACAAUGUAACAAUGGUUGUGGUUUUACUCAACAUGCUGAUUGCAAUGAUUAACAGUUCAUACCAAGAAAUAGAGGACGACAGUGAUGUGGAGUGGAAAUUUGCUCGUUCCAAACUCUGGUUAUCAUACUUUGAUGAUGGAAAAACCCUACCACCCCCAUUCAGUCUUGUACCAAGUCCCAAAUCAUUCUUUUAUUUCUUCAUGAAGAUCAUUAAAUUAUUGAGGUGCAGAAGGAAAAGAUUACAGAAAGACAUGGAAAUGGGAAUAGGUAACUCAAAAUCCAGGCUAAAUCUCUUUUCUCAGUCCAACUCAAGAGUUUUUGAAUCACACAGUUUUAACAGCAUUCUCAAUCAACCUUCACGCUAUCAGCAAAUCAUGAAGAGACUUAUAAAACGUUAUGUUUUGAAAGCCCAGGUAGACAAGGAAAAUGAUGAAGUCAAUGAAGGUGAAUUAAAGGAAAUUAAACAAGAUAUUUCUAGUCUUCGCUAUGAACUUUUGGAAGACAAAUCUCAAGCAACAGAGGAAUUAGCAAUUCUCAUACAUAAAUUAAGUGAAAAACUCAACCCAAAUAUAUCAAGAUGUGAAUGAUCCCAAAUGACAUUUUCAAGAUUAUUACCUGGAUUUUGACUAUAGCACAAGCAUUGGCAAUAAUAUUUCUGAGUGAUUCAUACUUGAAAAAUAUGUAAAUUUUUAGUAAUAAAUGACUUUAUGUACAGUUUAAUUUGAAAUACAGUCUUAGAAAAUUUUAUGAAUUUACACACAAAUUUAUGUUUA